GAGAACCCCUGGCCAUCCUUCAAUGUGAGUUCUGACCCUUGGAGGAGUCACUGAGGAAUCCAAGCCAUUGCCAUGGAGUUUGUGAUGAAACAGGCCCUGGGAGGAGCCACCAAAGACAUGGGGAAGAUGCUCGGGGGUGACGAGGAGAAGGACCCAGAUGCGGCCAAGAAGGAGGAGGAACGCCAGGAAGCCCUGCGCCAGGAGGAGGAGGAACGCAAGGCCAAGUAUGCCAAGAUGGAGGCCGAGCGUGAGGUCAUGCGACAGGGCAUCCGUGACAAGUACGGCAUCAAGAAGAAGGAGGAGCGUGAGGCUGAGGCCCAGGCUGCCAUGGAGGCCAACUCGGAGGGCAGCCUGACGCGGCCCAAGAAGGCCAUCCCUCCAGGUUGCGGGGAUGAGCCUGAGGAAGAGGAUGAGAGCAUCCUGGACACCGUCAUCAAGUACCUGCCCGGGCCACUGCAGGACAUGUUCAAGAAGUAAUGUCUGCGCUGGGCACAGCUGGCCAAGCCCGAGCCCCCACCCUCCACCCCCUGUACAGACCCUCCGCGGAGGCCCCUGAAGGGAUGUCGGGAGCAGAGUGCAGCCCCCCAACGCCAAUAUAAGCCAUAGUCCUAGGUUUGUCCUUCCCGCGCCCCUCACCCUCGGAGCCUCCGCCCCCCACCCAUCAUCAACCCCCCCAGCAAGGGGCAUUCACCCCAGGCCUCUACAGUGUGCACAGCCCAGGACCCUGUCCACAUGUUCCUCUGCCCGUGGGUGGCUAGACCCCCAGUGUCCGGGACCCCCUGACUGCUCUCACCGGUCACUGUCCACCCUUCAGCGCCUGAGGCUGGAACCCCGGCAGGGUCAGCCCUUUGGUCACCCUGGGCGUACCACCUUGUGCCGGUGGGUGCUUGUCUGGGCCAAACUCAGGAGCACAGCCAUAGGGGGUCAGGGCAUAGUGCGGGUGGGGUGGGGACGAGGCCAGUGCCUAGGGCCACCCUCCUCUGCUCGGGCCCCUCCUCCUGCGCUCAGACACCGGGGUUGCCAGAUUGCACUCCUCUGUGUCUUCCCAUCUGCCUCUGGCCCACCCAAAGACCUGCACCCCUCGAGUUAUCUGUCCAUCGUCUGUCUGCCCCCCCACCCUCUGGAAAGUGUCGCUUCUUAGGAAUGCCGUGGCCCUGUUCUCUUCCAAACUAAGGGAAACAAAGCAAUAGGUUUGGGGGUUCUCAACCUACCCCUGUGACUCUUGCUUUCCCCUUCAUGGAGACCUGGGCCCGGCCCGCCCUCUACCCGGCUGGUCUCCUGUUCUCUCCACUGAGGGGGCUGCUGGUUCUCCCUGGGAGACCGGGCCCUGAUCCACUAAUGCCCACACCUUCACCUGAGAAACCUGGGGCCCUCAGGCACCAUGUACAGUGGCCUGGAGACCUGUGUGAGAAGAUGUGGCCCAGCCCAUCAGGGGUGUGUUGCCCUUCCCCAUGGGGUUGCAGGUAGGCCAGAGGCGGGCCUAGGGCUGGGGUGUCUUUGAUCUGGAGUCUGGCAGAAACAGGCAGUCCACCCGUGGGGCGAUCCCUCCUCCAACCUUGUUUAAUUUGCAUCACAAUUUGUUGAAUCUCAGGUAAAUGAGGUCUUUGUGUUUGACGAGUUUUCUCUUGACGGAGAGGCCCUUCUGUCCACUUCAAAACUGCAUCGCGUGUCCACGUGUUUUAGGUCAGGGUGUGGCCUAGCGUUGACCUUCACGACCUUACAUAGCAUUAGAGAAGCCAUAACAGUUAGAUCGCAAUACUGACCACCAAACCCUGUCCCGGGAGGCGCUGGCCUCGGGUCCCUAGGGCUCACAGUCCAAGCUGCGCCCGCCCACCUCCUCCCCGUCCAUGUGUUUUUUAAAUUCCUGUUUUCACACUUUAAAAGCCAACUCUGAGCAGACAGGGCGUUCCCUCUAGAAACCACCAUCCCGUUCCCAGCGCAUGGGGCGCCCGGGGGCCGCUGAGCUUCGCCUAGCCCGUGAUGUUGUCUGUUGUAUGUCCCCGCACCUGCCUCCUCUUGCAUGUCGAGGGCCCCGUGUGUCCUCUCCGGAUGGAAUCACAGCCAAUAAACAUCACAGUGAUUUCACACCA